GGGGGCAGGGUUUUAGUUUAGCCAUUUGAUGGCUUUUGGGCGUGAUAGCUGAAGUGUCUCUUUUUUUCUGUUGAUAAAAUUCAUUUUUUUCGUGAAGUUUUAACGAAGUUUGAUGUGUUUAUCUAGUAAAUUUAGUUCAUUGGUGAACCGCAUGACAGAAGUUUGAGUUUUGGUCCGAGAGAGUGAAAUGGUUGUCUCGCUGUUCUCUGUUUUCAGUUUGUUGUAGGGUUAAUCUAUAUUACAUGGGCAAGAUGCCACUUCACAGGGCCUAUGUAGCUUUGUCCGGUGGCAGGAUGAUUUGGCGAAUCUGACCAGAUAAAAAGGGCAACGUCUGGAUUGGCUGUUUGUCAAAUUUCAGAAUAUAACUCUAUCAAAUGCCCUCCCAUGCAUCCAACUGUAUCCUCACAGCUCAUUCCACUGUCCAAGUUUCUUGGGAUAGGACAAGACGGUAUCAGCCGCACAUGCAUUAGACAUCCCCCCCACUAGUGGGGAAGACAAAGGACGACAACCAUGGCCUCAAGGUCCUCCACACUGCCUCCUGUCCCCAUCCCUAAUUCAUAUCGUAAUGUUAGUAAACCUUACCGUCUCCAAAACUGUUCCUAUUCAAACUCUACAAUAGCAAAUCUUCCUACCAAAAUAGAAGAGAAACAACGAUCUCCUGUCAUCAGUGAAAACUCUCAAUCUCUUCUUCAAAUAGAGAUAUCCUCAAAGUCUAAACCUAAGACCCCCACAAUUCGAUCCCGUCUCAGCCAAUUAUGCCAAGAAGGACAACCUGAGGUUGCUCGCCGCCUCUUUGACACCAUUCCUUGCCCCACCACUGUGCUUUGGAACACGAUCAUUAUUGGGUUCAUCUGCAAUGGCAUGCACAAUGAAGCUCUUCGAUUUUAUGUCCGAAUGAGGACCUGUACCACCAUACGAUCUGAUUCCUAUACUUAUUCUUCCGUGCUUAAAGCUUGCGCUGAAAGUCAACAAUUGAAAUUUGGAAAAGCUGUACAUUGUCAGAUUCUUCGUUCUCAUACAAAUCCAAGUAGAAUUGUUAGUAAUUCUCUUCUGAACAUGUACUCAAAUUGUUUGAGCCCAUCCUUUGAAAUCCAAGAGGAUAGAAAUGGCAGUGGAGUUUUCAAAUUUCCUCAAUCUGAUGUAGUACAGAAAUUGUUUGAUGGUAUGCGUAAGAGAAGUGCAGUAGCAUGGAAUACUAUAAUUGCAUGGUAUGUCAAAACUGGACGAUUUGUUGAAGCCUUGAAGCAAUUUAGGCAGAUGAUACAUAUGGGAAUAAAAUUAACAGUUGUUAGUUUCAUCAAUGUCUUUCCAGCAGUGGCAAGUAUCAGAGAUCAGAAGAACUCUGGUGUCCUGUAUGGUUUGCUUCUCAAAAUGGGUAGUGAGUAUGUUAGUGAUCUUUUUGCUGCAAGUUCAGCAAUUUUCAUGUAUUCAGAACUUGGAGACAUGGUUUCUGCAAGGCAGGUUUUUGAUUUGUGUACAGAGAGAAAUAUAGAAGUUUGGAACACCAUGAUAAGUGGGUAUGUGCAAAAUGAUCACCCCGCUGAAGGUCUCAAUCUUUUCAUUAAAGUCUUAGAUUUGGAUAAGAUUAUUCCUGAUAAUGUAACUUUCCUCACUGCUUUGACAGCUACUUCGCAGUUGCAGCAACUGGACUUCGGGCGACAGCUUCAUGCUUAUGUGAUAAAAAAUUUAAUGGCAUCAAAUGUUGUUAUCUCGAAUGCCCUAAUUUCUAUGUAUUCCAGGUGUGAUCUGGUUGAGGCUGCAUUCAUGGUUUUUGAUAAAAUGCCGGAAAGGGAUCUUGUCUCUUGGAAUACCAUGGUUUCUGCUUUUGUACAGAAUGGAUUGGAUGACGAAGGAUUGAUGCUUGUGUAUGAGAUGCAGAAACAGGGAUUCGUGAUUGAUUCCAUAACUGCCACAGCUUUGCUUUCGGCUGCAUCAAAUCUCAGAAACCAGAAAAUUGGAAAAGAGACCCAUGCUUAUCUCUUCAGACAUUGGAUUCAAUUUGAGGGAAUGGACAGUUAUCUUAUAGACAUGUAUACGAAGGCUGGUUUGAUCGAUGCUGCAGAAAAGCUUUUUGAGAAGAAUUGUGUUCGUGAUAGAGAUCAAGUCACGUGGAAUGCCAUGAUCUCUGGGUACAGCCAAAAUGGGCAGAUUGAACAAGCUUUAAUUGUGUUCCGGCAGAUGCUCCAGCAACAGCAGUUACCUAAUGCUGUUACACUUGCAUCUAUCCUUCCAGCCUGCAGUCCAGUUGGAGGAAUUGGUUUUGGGAAGCAGCUCCAUGGGUUUGCAUUUCGCCACACCCUGGACCAAAAUGUCUUUGUUGGUACAUCGCUAAUAGACAUGUACUCAAAGUGUGGUGAAAUCAGUUAUGCUGAAAGAGUUUUCACUAGACUACCUGAGAUAAAUUCUGUCACAUACACCACUAUGAUCUCAGGCUAUGGCCAGCAUGGACUGGGUGAAAGAGCUCUGUCCUUGUUUCAGUCGAUGCCACUCUCUGGCAUGAAACCUGAUGCCGUCGCUUUUGUUGCUGUCUUGUCAGCUUGCAGUUAUUCUGGAUUGGUUGAUGAAGGCCUCCAAAUAUUUGAAUCAAUGGAAGAUGAAUAUAUGAUUGCCCGCAAACCUGAGCACUAUUGCUGUGUUGUGGACAUGUUAGGAAGGGCUGGGAGGGUCAUGGAAGCCUAUGAACUAGUUAAUGAACUGGGUGAUGAGGCUAAUGUAGUGGGGCUUUGGGGUUCACUUCUUGGUGCUUGUAGGAUACACAAAAAGUAUGAAUUGGGGAAAGUGGUUUCUGAGAGGUUGCUUGAGAUGGAGAAAGGAAAUGGCAUGGCUGGCUACCAUGUUCUGUUGUCAAAUAUUUAUGCUGAAGAGAGAAAGUGGGACAAUGUUGAAAGUGUGAGGAAGGAAAUGAGAGAGAGGGGUUUGAGGAAAGAGGCGGGUUGUAGUUGGAUUGAGAUUAGUGGUGUUGUGAAUUGCUUCACAUCUAGGGAUCAAAAGCAUCCUCAGUGUGAUUUAAUUUACGCAAAGUUGGAAGAAUUGUCUAUGGAGAUAAAGGUGGCUGGUUAUAGGCCUUGUCUCAGUAGUGAGUAUGAAGAAUGAACCAAGGCAUAGAGCACAGUGUUUGACAGCACAUGAUUCUCUGUUUCUUGUAUGUGCAGUGUUUGCACUGUAUCUUAUUUUCUGUUCCAAAUACUUAAAUGGAGAUAGGAUAUGCUAAACAUCUCUGUAGCCCCCGUUGCUUCCAUUAAAAAAAUAUAUUUGAAAAUUGUCUUGACAUUCAGAUUGUCAGUUGCAAAAUCUGAAUAUGACAUUUUCUAAUUACCUCCAAAUGGCCAAAAGCCCAUUCCGCCACACCCUUGCUCUCUUUGUCCUCUCCACCCAAACCCUUACCUUGGCUGAUGGCCCUCAGUGACAUUAUCCUUGGUUCUUCCACUCUCUGAAUCGUUUCAUCAGCAACAAAUUGACUCUGCUCUGGUGAGUCUCUCUCUCUCUCUCUUAGCAUCUUUUUAUUUAUCUCAAAUGUCAUGUUUUUUUUUACCUUCUAUAUUCUUUCUUUUUCUUUUCAUUUAUAUAAAUGUUUGGUAGUUUAGGGUUUUUUUUAUUAUUAUUAUUAUUAUUUGUUUGCUUUUGGUCAUCAUUUUCAUUUCCAGAAGAACAAGUGUUUUUCCUUUGGUUUAGUUGAUUUUGAAGUGGUUGAUUCUUUCUAACUUUUCUUCCUGCACAUAUAUAUCUAUGGUGGGCAAUGAAAGGAUAUACAGGAUUGGUUCCUACAUUCUUUACUAAUAUGAUUCUUUUGAAUUUCUGAAGGUAGUCCUAUACUCUCUGCUUUCUUCUUGUUUGAUUUCUGGUAAUCACAGGUGUACUGUAGUGUAAAUGUUGAGAUAGUCAAGAGCCUCCCAUAGUUUUGACUAUUUAUUUUGUACAGUGAUCUAUUUACAUUUUUUGGAGGUGACCCAAUAUGAGAAAAUGAAUGUGUCAAAAUGACCUCCAAAGCACUAUUGAUGAUCUUUAGGUACAUUCCAGCUUCUUCCAUAGAGGGAGAGAAAAUAGUGCACUUGUAUACCACCUGAAGAGGAAGGCCUGACUGAUGGUUUUUAUGCAUUAGUCUGGCACAUUUGCGGUUGAUGCUUUGAUUAUCUUCAUUGUUCUUAGAAAUGAGUGGAGAAAUUGACACUUUGCUAAACUUGGUGGAGCCUGAAUUUGGCUUUAAGCCUGUUGUAUAUUCUAGUUUUUUUGGCGGCAAGCAAGUGGAUGGUCUUGUUUGGAUCCAUGUAGCCGACUCCAUUAAGUUGGGAUUAAGGCUGAGAUUGUUGUUGCAAGUGGAUGGUCUUGUUAUUGCUAUCGAAAAUCUUCUAAAGGUACAAAUGACACUGAAUUGGCUGCUGCUAUCGAUGCAAUGGCUGCAGCUGCACACUCUUUAAUAAUUUCUAUUGGGAUCUUUCAUGGGAGAUUGCAGAUUGAGGAGGCCACCGAGAUUAGACUUGAAGAAGACCAACGGGUUCGUUUGACCCCCUCCCCUUUUCUACACACACACACAUCUAUAUGUAGGUUCUCAUUCUCCUUUUUGGUUCUUGUGAAAAUCUGAGGUCUGGAUACCCAGACCAAUAUUCUACAGGUUUGGGUUGCCCAUAAUAUGAUACUUUUCCUACGAUAAGAGAUUAGGUGGGAGAAAAUUCAGCAUAAGUGACUGUAAAAGUGUAUUAUAAAUCAUUUAGUUGGACUCAAGAAAUGUUUUAAUUUGGUUUUAAAA